GAGUGCCUUCACAUGUGGCAGAAGAUUAGAGAAAGGUACGGGCGGGAGUCAAGAACCAGCUGUGGCCGCAGUGGUGCUGGGCGAGAUGAGGUGCAGCGGCCCAGCUGGGACCUCUUCCCGUACCUUCAAUUUUUAGCAGGCCAGAUACGUCGCAGAGGAACCAAGGCCCGCAAGAUGGUUGGCAGCGCUGGCCCUGCCACAGGGGUAUUGGAGACACCAAGGGAUCUCCUCAUGGGGGUCUACACGCCAUGUGGGGGAGGUGCCACCGAAGACAUGGCAGAGGAAAGUUGUGAAGCCAACCUGGACGACAACUCCCUCGAUCGUAGCCUGCAGCCAACGGGCACCUGCCAGGUGUUGCUGACGCUGGAGGGGGAUGGCCAGCUGCCCAGCCCAUCUCAGCUGGACCCGACUCCUCCGGUGUCACCACCCCAGGUGGCCCCAGUGGCAGCACCGAUGCAGGCUACGGUCUUGCCCGCAGUGCCUCCACACCCGCCUUCAAGGAAGCCAGGCCGCAAGAUUACCGCCUCGGAGCGUCGUGCCCGGGAGGAUGCAGCGCUGGGCAAGGUUCUUAGUGAAUCUACGAGGCAAAUGGCCAACACAUGUAAAAGGCCACACAUUGAUGCCUUAACCCCAGAAAUGGCACUGGGGUUUCAUUUUGCCAACGAGCUGGCGGCCCUUCCACCACAUCUGAGGUGCCUUUGCAAGGAGAAAGUACUGAAGGUGUUCCACGAAUUUGAAAAAAGAAAUCUAGUAGAAAAAGGCCUUAUGUCUUUAGAUUAGAGUAGAAAAUGAUAUUUUUGACAAGGUUUGCCUAUACAGUCAUGGCUCAUUAAUAUGGACACCUCCAUUCCCUGAAAAAAUCAUCCGUAAUAACAAAUCGCAGUCUAUACCCGUUUUCACCUCAAGAACCGAAGUAAAAAAAGUUUGGCUCCUCGCGGAGCAUCACUACUUUUUCCUUUUAUGAGGAGAAUUAAUAUAUAUGUAGGUGCAUUUUAGAUUAGAUAUAUG